AUGGAGGCUGUCUGUCUCUCAGUCAAGAGUCUGCUGAACAAGAAGGCUGACGCCGUCAAGGCGAACAACAAAGCCAACACAGUGACCAGUCCUAAAGCCAACACAGUGACCAGUCCUAAAGACACCAGCUUAACCCCAGCACUGGAACCCCAGACCACAGUGAUCCACAACCCAAUAGAUGGGAAGAAGGAGUCUAUAGAGAGCACCAACACCACCAUCGAGGACGAGGAUGUCAAAGUCCUCUGUUUCGGGAACUUGGUGGGUAGUGUGUGGAGCUCUAAGGGUCGUUCCACUCAGUCCUCUGAGCCCAGGCAGACUCCCUCCUCUUCAGGACAGACUCGGAAGCAGGAAAUCAUCAAAGUCACAGAGCAGCUGAUCGAAUCCAUCAACAACGGAGACUUCGAGGCCUACGCGAAGCUCUGUGAUCCUGGUCUGACGUCGUUUGAACCAGAAGCACUGGGGAACCUGGUAGAGGGACAUGACUUCCAUCGCUUCUACUUCGACAACGCCCUGUCUAAAGGUAGCAAGCCAGUGCACACCAUCCUCCUCAACCCUCAUGUCCAUCUGAUAGCGGAGAACGCUGCGUGCAUCGCCUACAUCCGCCUGAGCCAGUACAUGGACGCGGGGGGGAUGCCUCGCACCAUGCAGUCUGAGGAGACCCGCGUCUGGCAUCGCAGAGAGGGAAAGUGGCAGAACAUACACUUCCACCGCUCGGGCUCGCCCAGCGUACCAUCCCAUUAAUGGAAUAUCAAGCUUCAGUCUAAACUCCCAAGACAGGCAACAAUCAACAAGCCAACCCGUGUUCUCCAUUUAACCUCUAACCCCUGACCCCUCUGUAUGGACAUGACAUCACACAGGAAAA